AGAGGUGAGAACCGCCACGUUCCUCCGGCCGUGCGUCGCAGAGCCAACCCACGCCAUGGUGGUGCCAAGCAUGCCCUUGCUCGCCGAUCUCAUCUCUCGGGCCUCAACGACUGGCCUCCCAAGAUCACUUUCAGAGGAUGGAUGGGACCCCAGAAGAAAUGGGGACAAUGGGUCGAGAGACUCAGGCCCAAAGCUCGGCCAGGUUUGGAACAGGGCAGGCAUAUUUGACAUCAUCAUGAGUACGAAGUACGACGUCAAGCGUAACCAGGACGUGAUCCUGGGGUUGUCGGAGCGUUGGUGCACCGAGACUAACACUUUCGUGUUUCCCUGGGGAGAAGCUGCCGUUACACUUGAGGAUGUCAUGGUUCUUAGCGGGUACCCUGUUCUCGGCGUACCAGUGACGAGCCAUGUGAUCGGGCUCGGGUGGGUGAAGUCGGUGGUGGAGGAUCUGGACAGAGUUAGGGAUUAGAUUCCGCGGAGCUGCAAGUCGAGGAAGGCC